UCGCCUUGUAUACAAGUUAAUAUGGAUAUUCCACUGUUUUCUUUGUAUUCUGUGCUUCUUACUGCUGCUUCACUGAUAUUGUUCUUCUUCUUUCUAUGGAGAAGAGAGCAGAGGCUUUCUCUGCCCCCUGGGCCUAGUGGUUGGCCUAUCCUGGGAAACCUCAUUCAGCUGGGGAAAAGGCCUCACGAGUCUCUCUAUGCCCUCUCUGUGAAAUACGGUCCACUGAUGACUCUCCGUCUGGGCAUGAGAACAGUAGUGGUGGUCUCCUCUCCUGCCAUGGCCAAGGAGGUCUUUAAAACGCACGACAACAUCUUGGCGGGGCGGAUGGUGACAGAGGCACACAAAUCUCUUUCACAUGACAAGUCGUCCCUAAUUUGGGCUGAUUACGGUCCUUACUGGCGCCAUCUCCGUCGCAUUUCAACUGUUGAGCUCUUCAGCCCCAAAAGACUCGAAGCUCUGCAACAUCUCAGAAGAGAUCAAGUAUUUAGCACCAUUCGACUCAUUUUCGAGGACAAGGGAAAGGUUGUGAACAUCGCGCAUACGGUGUUCUGCACGUCUCUGAAUUUGUUAGGCAACAUGAUUUUCAGCACAAGUGUCUUUGAUCCUCACAAUCCAGCUUCUGCGGGGCUCAAAGAUACCAUCUGUGAAUUGAUGGUGGUCGCCGGAAAGCCCAAUUUGGUGGACUUUUUCCCGUUUCUCCGGUUCCUCGACCCCCAGCGAGUGUCCCGUGCGAUGGACAGGCUUUUUAAGGAAUUGUAUGACUUUUCUGAUACAUUCAUACAGAAAAGGCUCAGCCAAAGCGUUCAGCGUAAGGACUCGGACAAGGAUUUUCUGGAUGUUCUGCUGGACUCCAGAACUGAAGAUUUCACUCUUGUCGGUGUUCGAGCAUUAAUAGCUGAAUUGUUUAUUGCAGGUACUGAGACGACCACUACAACAAUAGAAUGGGCCAUGGCAGAAUUGAUUCGCAAUCCACAGAAAUUAAACCGAGCCCGUCAAGAACUGGAUGAAGUAGUUGGUUGCAACCGGAAAGUGGAAGAAACUGACUUGGAUCGUCUUCCGUAUCUCCAUGCAGCCGUGAAAGAAGUAUUCCGAUUGCGCACGACGGGUCCUCUGCUUCUUCCCCACAAAGCCACAAGCAGCUGCGAGAUUGGGGGAUUUGUUAUACCCAAGGACACCCAGGUGAUGGUGAACGUGUGGGCUAUGGGAAGGGACAGUUCAAUUUGGAAGAAUCCUUUGGAAUUUACGCCCGAAAGGUUUUUAGAGGGUGAGUCGAAUAGCAAGAUAGAUUACAGGGGACAGGACUUCGAGCUGAUUCCAUUCGGAGCGGGAAGAAGAAUGUGUCCGGGGCUUCCAUUGGCAAGUCGUAUGGUUCAUUUGGUUUUGGCUUCUUUACUUCACUCAUUUGAGUGGAAACUUCCGGAUGGGAUGAGCUGUGAGCAGAUGGACAUGAGCGAUGAUUUUGGAAUUACAUUAAAGAAGGCUGCAGACUUGAGAGCAAUCCCGACGCCACGUCUCCCACAUCCCAUAUACUAGGGGCGCUCGCCACAUAUAUUACAUAUGGUUUUAGAGUUAAAUCUAAGGUUGUAGGAAUAUAUAUAACUGUGAUACAGCUGGAGUCCCUGCCUAUUUGUCUAAUUGUUUUGUGAAAAUAAUAAAAGAAUUAUUUGUUGUUUAGAUUUUAGAAGGAUCUUGGUGAGAUGAGAGUUCAAACUUUUAUCAGUGGUGAGGAACUAUGAAGAAUACUGCAAUCAGAAAUUGGGGAGGAAAUGUUCAUAAUUUUGAAACAAUAUAUUUUGCUGAAUGUUUUGUUGAAAUCUUCAGGUGCUUUU